CGGCGUUAAACAGAGGAGCUUCAAGAUGGCGCAGGCAAUAUUUGAGGUUCUAGAAGGUAUGGACAAUCAGACGGUGCUCAAUGUCCAGUCACUGUUAGAUGGUCAAGGGGGAGUUUUGGAUCCAAACACACAAAACGUUUCAGGAACAACAAUCCAACCAAUGGAUGACGAUGAUGUGUUUCUCUGUGGUAAAUGUAAGAAGCAGUUCAACUCUCUGCCGGCGUUCAUGACCCACAAGCGUGAGCAGUGUCAGUCCAAUACCCCGUCUCUGGCCACUGUUUCCCUGGCCUCCAACAACACCUACACCUCUGUCCCCUCCAUCAGCGCCGCUAACAGACAGGUGUCCACAUACAUCACGGUGCCGCCGUCUCCGCUCACACACACUCUGGUGCAGGGGAACGUGCUGGUCAGCGAUGAGGUGUUGAUGUCCGCCAUUUCUGCCUUCAGCUCUCUGGAUCCAAUGACCACCAUGCAGGGCUCCGUGCAGAGUAAUCUGAGCAUGCAUGCGGGAUCCUCGUACCUGCAGCCUCCUCAGCCCCUCCCUCAAGUGCAGGCCACGCCCCUCUCACAGGUGUCAUCCAGCAACAGCAGUUCAGUGGUGCAGGUGUACAGCGCACUGCCUCCGCUGACCGGAGGAGGAACUGCAGAGGUGCCCGCGCUCGGACUGCAGUCCUUUCAGUCUAUACAGUCCAUCCAGGUGCCCAGUCAGUGUGUGGAGGGUCAGGUGUUCAGCGCCGCUCCAGUUUACAGCCCAGGAAAACAGAGCACCAAAAACAAGGCCUGCACCAUCAGCACAAACCUCGCAGAGCUGGCAGAAUAUGACAAGGUUAUCAUCCCCAAGAGGAGCAGAGUCUCCAAGAAAACACAGGAUGCAGGCCAAGCCAAAGGAAAAGUCCAGAAACUCAAGUGCAAUUACUGUGAAAAGGUGUUUACCAAGAACUUUGACCUCCAGCAGCACAUCAGAAGGUAAACCAGGAGAUUUAAUAUCAUGUUGUUUAUAUUCAUUUAUG